CACAUGGGCUUGAACAUUUAAUAACCAUUUAAAAAAAAAAUCAUAACAUGAUGUUAUGGGGAAAUCUUAAGACCAAACCAAAUUCGGAGUGGCAACACUGCGUUCUCUGUCAGUGUCAGGAGUCAGGAGGCAAUAGUAGCUCUGUUAAUUCUUGAUUACACAUAUAAUACAUGUUUCGAACCAAUGAAUCAUGGAGUCAAUAAGUAUAAGUAAUGUAUUUUUAUCUAUUGAUUUUACACCCCGAAAUCAUUUAUUUACUUUACUUUUGAAUUGUAUACGUAAUCCCCUUUUUUAAACGUAAUAUAAAUUGGGCAAUGUCAUGAAUCGUCAUUUUCCAUGGCCAUGAUAUUGAUAUAUUAAUAUUGGCCUAUAGGCACUAUAGCCAUAGCCUAUAGUCGAUAGUCCUAUGCCUAUAGGCUUAUAGGCCUAUAUUAUAUUUAUAUAGCCUUAUGCUUAUACGUACACUAUACUGUAUACUAUAUACUAUACUAUAUAUUGACUCAUUAGUGAGCCUAUUAUUUUUGUAUUUUAUUUAUUAAUAUUAGGCGUAAGCCUAUGCCUUAUACUAAUACUAAAAAAAAAUACAGACUCUUCGGGUGACAUCAACUGUAAGAACGCCACUGACUUAAAGCAUACACUGUACACUAUACUCAAAAGUUGUAGUUGUACUAAUUUAAUUUGAGGAGACACUCAAAAAAGAGAUAUAUAAAGUCUAAUACUAUUUAACUAUUUAUAUUAAAAAAUAUUUUAAAAUAUAUUAGAUAGAUGUUUAUCAUGAUUUUGUAUUAAUCAAAUUUCCCUAGGCACAUUGCUAAUAAGGGUUGGUAAGGGCACUUUUUUUUUGCCUUGGGUGGCAGAAUUUUAGGUUCUGUAUACUAGAAGUCACAAUUUUAGUUUUCAAUGAUAUAACUACUUAGUGUUGGUACAAAUAUGGCGACCAAUAAUUACAAAGAAUUAAUUUUGGAAAAAUGCUUUCUAAAUCCAUAUGGGCCUAGUGUAGACCUAUAUCACUACCUAUUCAGAAAUGUCUAAUUAUAAUAAAAUUUAAAACAUGCUAAAUAGUUUAUGCCUAUGUUUCUAAUAUAAAGUUCAAAUGAGCUGGGUGAAGUUAGUGUUUUUUUUCUGUUCUGGAACUGUGGAUAAAUCAUUCUUGUUGAAUUGUUCUGCGAUUAAUUAGUGCUUUAGAACAAAAACUUUUGAAUGAGAAGAUUUAUGUGGAGAAGAUGUUGUUUCCAGGUUAGAUAGGGAUAGGAACCAUAGGUAAGAGACAUCAGCCAUUUCUCCCAUCUUGAAAAUGCCAAGGGCCUGUGUUUGAUGCGUAUUGUCUUUUGUGAAGGAAGGAUGGCAACUAAAGAACUUUCCAGGGCUUGACAAACCCUAGCUACACCGACAAAUAUUUUAAACGAAUUAGUAUGAGGCCUAAUAAAUCAUUUUAAGACUUAAAUCUAUCCCAAUCAGGGGUCAAAAGGCGAUAGGUCUACAAAUAAUAAUUGUAUGUAAUUUAAGUAUUCUACUUACCAGUUCAUUACUCACACACAAAAACACUUUGUUUUAUCUCGAGUCCUGCUUUUUAUUUUAUUUGAAAGUAGUAUAUCUAUUACCAUCUUAUAAAUCUUAAAUAUUUUCAGGUUUGGGCAAGAGAAAGUUUUCUGAAAUAGAAGAUCAUUUCCCAGAAGUUAAUAAACCCAAAGAUGUUUCACACAGUGAUAGGUCACUUGUGUUGAAUUUUCCCACUGUCCAUGACAAAAGACAAGCAAAUGAAGGUUUCUCUUGGUGGACCUGCAUGCAGCUAGGGCUGCCCCUGUCAAGUUCUAAGCCUCAACCAUCUCAAACUAACAAAUAACUGGCAACAGACAACUUUGAUCCCACAACAGUAUAGACUCUAUAGGCAUUUAAAUUUGCCCAUUAGCAUCAACCUGGUGCAAAUUUUAUUAAUUUGAAUUCAAAAUUUUAAAAACAUGCUUUGUGCUGAGAAACUGGACAGUUCAAAUUUACCAGAACCACCAGAACGGCCCUUACCCAAGGACUGCUGUGGAAGUGGCUGUGUGCCAUGUGUUUUUGAUAUCUAUGAACAAGAAUUGGCCAUGUGGGAAGCUGAGUGUAAGAGUUUAAAUGCUUAUGAGAGGAAUGAUGAUAUUGCUGUGCAAGCCUGUAAUAAAGUAAGUUUACUUUAAAUGUUCCUGUAUCUUUGUGGAUGUAGUUGAAUGUGUUUGUACAAGGCAAAGAAAAAUUAAUUCUUAAUCAAACUUCAUGGUUGAAACAUUCAAGUUCUUACAAAUUCUUUUACAAAUAAUUCCUUUGUAAUCCCGGUACAGAAGAAAACAUGUUAUGGUUAAUAUUAAUGUAUAGGGUCCCUCUAAAGUCUUUAGUGAUGUAAAGUUUCAUGCGUUUUGCAAGAUUCACAUGAACCCAGUGCAAUAACUCCACAUUUCUAUCAAUGUGAGCAUAUUCCUAUGUGGGGUAUACAGUAGAUUUAUUUAUAUUUCUAAAUAUAUAUUUCUUGAAAUUGCUCACUUAUUAUUUGAAAUGAUGCAUAUGGAAUUAAUGUAAUUUGUUUCACUGGUGUAAUCAAAUAAAAUUCUCAAUGAAAUUUAAUUUACCAUAUGACCUUUGUUCAACUUGCACAAAUAACACAUUUGAUAAUGCAUCUUAUGAAUUGUGUUUAUACAGGGUGUUGGACUUAAACCUGACAAGUACUGUGAUUUUACCAUUCUCUCUGUGCUUCAAGAGACCCCAGACAUUCUACGCUUUAGAUGCUCUGUUCCUAACAACACAAGUCUAGGUUUAUUGAUGGGUCAACACAUCAUAGCAAGGUUAACCCAUUUUGUAGACUGUAUUUUGUAUUUGUCAAAUGUUACAUUAAAGCAUAUCAGUAUUGGGAUUGACGGCUUCUUUUUUUUUGUAUGCAUGCAAUGACCCAAGACAAUUUUUAGCAAUUGCAUAGCAUUAUUGUAAACGCAAAGAUUAGAUGAGAAGGAUUUUAAUAUAUAAUAUCAGUGUUUUGAAAAUUUAAAAUUGACAAUUUUAAAAGGGAAAAUUAAAUAAUAGCAAGCAUAUAUAUAACAGUAAAUUUAGGCUAGGAUAAUUGCUUUGGGUAGUGAACAAUAAAAAAAGUUUCAAAUUGAUGAACAAGUCAUUGUGGUCAGUACCAUAGUAAAUAAAUAAUUCUUGCUGAAUUUUUUAUCAUAAUAACAUCGUCGAACUAUAAAAAAAUUAUCCAAAUAAAAUUUAUUGCAAAAUAAAUGUAAUUAUAUUUAUAUUUAUCUACAACAGCAUUUCUCCACCUGUGGGUCACGACCCUUUCACAGGGUUAGCCUAAAGCCAUUGCAAAACACAUAUUUAUGAAGUAGCAACGAAACCAAUUAGGUCACCACAACAUGAGGAAAUGUGUUAAAGGGUCGCAGCAUUAGGAAGUUUGAGAACCACAGAUCUACAAUAUAAUUUCACUUUUCUAUUUUCAGGUCAAAAGCAAGAAAUGGCUCCAUGAUAGUUCGAAGGUAUACACCAAUUUCACCACUAAGUGCUAAAGGUUAUUUUGACUUGUUAAUCAAGGUAAUUCAAUAUUAAAUGCACAACAUUUAUUUAAGUAGGCAAAGUAAACUUAUAAAUUGUUUCAAGAGUAUCUUUUUUUUUUUGAAUGUAUUUUUAGAAACAUUGGCUCUUAACAGCUUAAACUAUAAACACUAAUUAAUAACAAAAUCGUAAACAUUAAUUGAUAACAAGCUUUCAAAAUAAGCACUCCGAAAAGAAACUGUAUUGAUCAGAUAAGAUUUGUCGAUGUUUAAUGGAAAUAUUAAUUUUGAAGCCACAUUAUCGUGCAUCAUUUUUCAUUCAUCAUAAAUCUAAUUUGUUGUAGAUAUAUCCUGAAGGUUGUAUGUCCCAGUUUGUUCAAACCUGGAAAGUUGGAGACAAGAUUUCUGCCAGGGGCCCAGCAGGUCAUUUUGAAUAUACACGCAAUAAGGUUGGUGGCUGCAUCAACUUUUACAACUUAAAAAUAGCGCCAGACAUAAUCACAGUGGGCCCAGCAGUUCAUCUUGAAUGUACACGCAAUAAGGUUGGUGGCUGCAUCAACUUUUACAACUUAAAAAUAGCGCCAGACAUAAUCACAGUGGGCCCAGCAGGCAAUAAGGUUGGUGGCUGCAUCAACUUUUACAACUUAAAAAUAGCGCCAGACAUAAUCACAGUGGGUCCAGCAGUUCAUUUUGAAAAUGUGUGUAAUAAGUUAAUUCCUAGGUCCAUUGUAAUCGUACAAUUGUCAUAGUUUUUGUUGUUGCUGGCUUUAGCAAUCUGUCAGGAACAGUUUAAGCAUUACAAUUACUGCAGUUAUUACUUAAACUAUUAAUUAACUACCUAAAUUGCAUUUUCACAUGUAACAAAAUAUUUAAUUUGUCACUCUUAAAAAUAAAACACAAAGUUUUCCAUUUGAAGUUUAAAAAAUGAUGUUUUGAUUCUAAGAAAAUAAAUGUCCUCAGUAUCAUCGAGUUCUCAUGCUGAGUGCUGGAACUGGUGUGGCUCCCAUGUGUCAAGUCAUCAACACUGUUCUUGAUGAUGAGAAAGAUGAAACUUUCUUAAGGCUUGUGUAUGCCUGUAGGUCAUACAAAGAUCUAAUGGCCAAGAAGGAGAUUGAUGAAUGGACACGAUACUGGAACUUUUCUGUCAUAUUUGUGCUUAGCCAGGUAAGGUCAUUUGAAAUGUAAUUUCAGUGCUUAGCCAGAUAAGCUUUACUUACUUUACACUUAAAGAUUGGUUCCCAACCUAUGGAUGACAUGGUUUAGCAUUGGGGUCUCCAGCUGACGUGGUUGACAAAACAAUUUUAAACCAAUUUCAAUUAAAAAAUUUUAUCUGGGACUUAAAAAUUGAAUGUAUCAUAAAACUUGACUUGCGUCUAAACACCCGUGAGAGUGGAUUGUCAACGCUUCUUCAUUUGAAAACCAAAACAAGAAUAGAUAAAUGUUGAGUGAGACAUGAGGUUAGCCAAUUUUUAAACUUGUCAAUGAGUUACAAUUUCCAUUAAAUAUUAGAUAUGUCGCAAGUUAAAAUUAUAUUAAGUUACAUGCUGAAAAAAUGGUUUGCUAUGUGUUUUCUUUUACCUUAUUAAAAAGCCUUUUUUUAAAAAAUAUUGCUGUCAUAGUUGCUUUGCUUCUAUAAAAUGGGUGAGCGAUUCAAAACAGAUUGACAACAUGUGCACAAUUUGCUAUCAUGAUUUCGUUAGUAGUCUAUAUUAAGAAAAAAUUGUACAUUAUAAUUAGAUUAAUUUUAUCCAACAGGAAAUCGAGGAGGAGAAUCAAAGUUACAGAUAUAGAGAAGAGAUACUCAGAGGACAUAUAAAUAAAGAAUUGUUAGGCAAAGAAAUAAGAAAUGACUUGAGCAAACUGUUGGUCCUGGUAUGUGGUAGCAAGACGUUUAAUGCUGAUAUGAUCACAUAUAUAAAAGAUCUGGGAGUACCAGAUGAAAAUAUUCACAGAUUUUAGUGCUUCAUAUUACACUUACAGUCAUGUUUCUAUAUUGUUAAUGAAUCAUCAUUUGCUUAUUUUUACCCAAGAAAAGCUGAACAUCUUCCAUAGCCUUAAACUGCUUGAUUCAUCUUAUCCUUGCCUCUGCAAACAUUUAAGGUAACACUGACCCUAUAUUCAGAAAAUCAAUAGUUUUAAAGGGCUUACUUUGAUAUUACAUAUUUUUUUCUCAUUAAUAAUUGCAUUUGCAUAUACUUGACAACUGAUAUGAUUGCUCCAUAUUAUGUACCUUAUUUUUCAAUUUGAAUUUUCUGUACACAAUUUUUCUACCUUUUCUCCCUGGUUAUUCACACAAAAAUAAAAAGUAAAAUGCAUGUGCUCAAAAAAUCAUCUUAAUCGAAACCUUUGUUUACCAGUACAUCUUACAUGAAGUUCAUUGUUACCAGGUAGACAAAAUAAAUCUUAAAGCUAAUUGGCCUUUGGUCAACUAAUGAGGUAUGAUAUUGGAGUGAAGUGGAUCAUUUGGUCAACUGAUGAGGUAUGGUAUUGGAGAGCAUUAUAUCAUUUGGUCAACUGAUGAGGUAUGGUAUUGGAGAGCAUUAUAUCAUUUGGUCAACUGAUGAGGUAUGGUAUUGGAGUACAGUGUAUCAUACCACUAAACAAUAUACAAUUGAACUGCAGAAAUCCUUCUAGUAUAGACUCAAAGCAUAACUGAGAUCAUCUUUGACACAUUUUAGGUUGUAAAAAGUUCAUACCUGUACUGCUUUUUUUGUUGAAUUCUCAAGGAAUAUGGGUUUUGCAAGUAUUCUUUAAUUUCUAUUAAGCAUUUUUGAUAUACUAAAGCCUGUUCAUUAAUAAGCCACCCCAUUAGUAUUGGAUGCAAAAAGCCUGAAAAGUGUGUAUAACCCACUCAUAAGUAAACCCCAAAAAAUAAAAUUCCAGUGUAAGUGUAAGGAUUACAGUACCAACAAAUAUCUAGGAAGAGACUGCUGGUGCUAAAUUGACUGACUAUAUCGUUCCUGUUGUAACUUUGUUUUUAUGAUUUUGGUAACUUUUAAAUCUUGUUGAGUGUACAGUAGACCAGGACAUCUGCGAAUUUCAAUAACUAUGACAUUAUGAAAUUUGCCUGGAGAAAAAUUAUUAAAAAAUCUCCUAUGAACCACUCAUAAGACCCCCACCCUACUUAUUUCCCUGUAAUAUUUCCUAAAUAAGUCGGCUUUUGAACGAGUAUAUAUAAUAAAUGUAUUGUUAAUAAUAGCAUUACCCUUCUUCUUUUGCUCCUAAAGACGCAUAUGCCAUCUACAAGUUAAAAUUAUUCAUGUUACAUCGUCUUUCACUCUUUCUCUUGACCAAGGAAUUUUUUUACAGAGAUUCUCAACUUCAACUAAUCUUAUUUUAUGUAUAACCAGCUCCCACCAUCAUGAUUCACUUAUCCCCAGAAUAGUAUUUGUGGAUUUCCUUGGUCACCUUACCCAUUGUCCCUGCCUGGCAAAUUUACAUUCUAGGUGCCAAACCUGCCCCCCCACACACACACACACACAACACCUGAAAGUCACUUGACAAGUCAACUUGCUUUUGUUUGUUGCCCAAUGUGUCCUAAUCUAGAGUCUGUCUUGAGGAUGACAAACUAGAAUUGUCUGAGAACUAUUCUUUACCGAUAUUGGGAAUUUUUUUUUUACAUAACUGUGGGUUGCUGGCCUGUUCUAAAACUUACUAGUUGAAAGGUUUGCUAUUUCACUUGUGAUGUAUAAUAGAGAUUUAUAUCAUCUCCAUAAAAAUAAAAAGGAAUUAAUUUAUGAGAAAAAAAUCAAUUUUGUCUAAUUAUUGUUAUUAUUC